UGUGUGUGUGUGUGUGUGUGUGUGUGUGUGUGUGUGUUUUGUAGGAAACCUGACGAAGCACAUGAAGUCUAAGGCUCAUAUGAAAAAGUGUCUGGAGUUGGGAGUCUCCAUGUCUUCUGUGGAGGACAACGAGGCGGACGAAGGAGAUGUCGGGGAGGAAGGCCAGCGGUGUGAGAAGACGUCUCAAGUCUCGCUGGAUCACCAGUUCUCCGACGCCGACGACUCGGAUGACGACGGCGACGACGUGGACGAUGACGACGAAGACGAGGACGACUAUGAUGGCGACUUUACGCCAAAAACCCGCUCUCGCUCCACCAGCCCUCAGCCGUUCAGCCUGCCCUCCAUGUCCAUCACCGCCAUGGCCUCCUCCCACCCUCACCUCUCUCACCUCUCUCCCCUCCCUCACCCCUCGGACCUCAUGGGGAGCGCCAACAAACCGCCGCUUUUCGGGUAUUUCACCACCGUGCCGAGCAUCCAGAUCACUCCUCAGGCUCCACCGAUCAUCCACAGCCAGGCGGAGUUUCAGAGGAAUCAACUCCUUUCUCCCCCCUCCAUGGAUGAAGACCUCCCCUCUCCAGACCCUUCCUCUCGCCUGUCCUCCCCCGGGUUAGAAAUCUCCCGAUGUCCAUCCCCGAUCUCCCCUUCUUCGUCCCCAUCGUCCCGUCGAUAUCUCUCCCCACGCCGCGAUCUUUCACCUUGUGCCGGACAUCUUUCACCCCGUCGAGACCUCUCCCCAAUGCGUCAUAUCUCCCCAAAGAGAGACCUUGCAGGGGGUUACAGACGAGACCUCUCCCCCAGGAGGGGUCACCUCUCGCUGCUCUCCCCUCUCUCACGGCCUACGUCUCCAGCAGGAAGAGACUACAAGCGAGACCUUUCACCCCGAGGACGUCACAGAGCGAUGAUCCGGGCGGUGUCCCCCCGUCGAGGGCUGCACCAACACCUCCACCACCCGAGCCAGCUGAGUGGAUCUCGGGGCCUGAGGCAGGGUCACCAGGCGGAGCUCGGCAUUCUGGGAUGUCGCAGAACCGGAACCGAAAUGGAGACGGAACAUUGUCUGGAAUCCUUGUCGCCAGGGGAACGGGACCAGUGCAGUAACCGCGGUAACCAGUCCAGCCCGCCUCACCAAGUCCUGUUUAGUCACCUUCCUCUCCACUCCCAACUCCAGGUGCGUUCUCCGUUCCCAAUGAUCCCCAUCGGAGGGAUCCAGAUGGUUCACUCCGUCCCGACCUCCGUCACCUCCGCUCUGAGCCAGAGAAAGCUGCAGAAAACAGCUCGGAGGACUCAACAACCAGUGAGGCCUCUCAUUUCACCUCCCUGGAAGAAAGGGGAGUCAUCGUAGGAGGAGGAGGAGUGAGGUUAGAGCAGGAGGAAUACAUCCAAACCUGCACCAAGGCCAUCGCUUCCCUCUGCAUCGACUCGCAGGAACUCAGGGGAGGUGGAGGAGGGAAACAUGGCGGCAGAGCUCCUUCAUUAUCCUGUUCUUCUUUGUCUGAACAGCCAUCCGUCUCCAGGUCGCCACCAUCUCCUCACCCUUCAUCAUCUCCUCCUCAAGGUCCCGGGAAACAGCACUUUAGCUCCUCCUCCUCUUCCUCUUCCUCCUUUCCUCCAGAAACCCUCCAUCCUCCAACAGGGUCCAAACCUCUGAGGCUGGAGAGGGAAAAGGAGGCGGAAAGCACAAAGAGAAGCAAAGACGUAUCGUAGGGAGGAGGAGGAGAGAACAUGGAUUUUAGUUUUUGUUUGUUUUGGAUAAUAGGAAGGGAUGAAGUGCAACAGAGAGAGAAAAAUGACUUUUGCACACUUUACACAUUUUCUCCUACAUCACUUUAUACAUGCACACACACUCUCUCACACACACACAUAUGGAUACAAAGAAAAACAGCUCUUGUCAAAAAAAGACUUUUAUCGUUAAUGUACUUCAUGCCUCAGAAACGUUUCUUAUUUAAAGAGGAUCUGAUACGGUUACACAUGUACUCCACCAAUUCAAUCUGCUAUAAUAAAGGAAAAGGACUCUG